UGUGAUCGCAAAAUGCAGAACUGCACCGAGAUGGUUCGACCCUUCCUACACGAUCUCGAAUAUAUGUUCCCGACGAAUAUCCAGCACGUUGACAACAUGUGCAAAAUGUGGAGCCGCUUCGUGGACUGUGUCAGGCGCUAUGUAGAAGUCUGCGCGACUGGGGAUCAGCGCGCCAGGUUCAAUGAUGCCGUCGGCGAUUCAAUCGAUACCGUUCAUGCGAUUUGUUCGUCAGAGAAGUACCAAAAAGAAUACCUCCAGAGUGCCUCAUGUUUCCGGAAGGUUUCUGUCGACAACUGCGGAAGCCACUAUAACGAUAUGGUUGACGAAGUGAGCAACACGGCGGCGAACAACGAUAACAUAUGCUG